AUGGAAAAUCAAAAGGUGCAGAAUAAACAAUGUGAUAUGAAAACAGAUCUGAACUUACUGCUUGAAUGCCUUAAAUAUCAGAUGGACUGCCCUGUAUCUCAGAAAGAGGCUCUGAUGACUAUUUAUUCAAUUUGUCAACAAAAUAGUGAAGCAAGCGAGUAUUUGAGAGAAAUUGGUGGUUUGAUGUUCAUUAAUGAUCUUGCUAAGUCAAGUGUUCAUUGCAUAGUAAAGGAAGCAGCUUUGUUUACAUUAGGAAUUAUUAUAGAGAGUAAUGUUUAUUGUCAACAAACUUUGUGUACUUCUGCAUUGUUUGAAGACCUCAUUUUGUUUUUAAUUAAUAAGGAUUCUGGUGUGAACUUGAAAAGAAUGUCUGUUUAUGUCAUCUUAGUACUGGUUUCAAAUAAUAAAAGUGGUCAAACCUAUGUCAGAGAUACAGGCUGCAUUGGGCUUCUGCUACAGUUAUUCAGAACAACUCUUUCCAAAUCUGAGAUUAAUCUGUCAGAUGAAAAUACUAAUCAGUGCUACCAGCUAUGGUCUUCAGUCUGCAGUACUCUCUGUGCCUGUGUUAACAAUCCCCAGAAUGAAGAUAAUCAAAACAUCUGUUGUUCAGUUUUCCCGUACGCCAAAGAGUGGCUCGAAAGUUGCGCCGAGCCUCAGAUUGUUCGUCCCAUUUGUUCAUUUGUUGGGCUCACGGUUGCAAAUAACACAUAUGUGCAGAAAUAUUUUGUUUCUGUUGGAGGAUUGGAUACAUUGGCUAAAGUUCUCAUCAAGUUGAUGCAUGAUUCCUGUGUGAGUCACUCAAACACAAAACUAGCAGUAGUAGUAACAAGGACUCUGGACGCCUGCAUUGCUAAUGACUCUGCUAUGGGUGUUGUCUUGACAAAAUAUCACACGGUAUCAGAGCUACUGAAGCUGCUGUCCAAUGACACUCUGGAUACAGGAGAAAAGAUUAGUGUUAUUCUAACAAUUGGACACUGUACUGAAGUUUGUGAAGAAAACCAGUGUGAACUACUCCAGAACAAUGGUCUUCCACUAAUGAUUCAGGUAUUGACGGAGUCUCGGGAUGAGGAACUAAACAAAGCUGCUACUUUUGUGCUACAAAACUGCAAACAAAUGACUGAACAAUUGUCUCUGAAAAUAAAUGACAAUCCAUUAAAUGUGAACAAUGCAGAAGAGUUGGAUAUGCAAGUCAGAAAAAGAAGUCUACAAGACUACUGGAAGAAAGCAAAAGAAAUGUUACACAGAAUAAAAUUGAUUGAAAAAGAACAUGAUGAGGAAAGAGUGCAAGGAAGAUUAUUUGUAGACAGAUCUUCUUCUGCAGCCAAUAUUGAAGCAUCAAAAUACCAUGAAGUGAAUCUACCUCAUGCAAAAACAACUAGAGAAAGAACACAUGAAGUAGUACAUUGUCCACAGCUGGCUUCAGAGCCACAUGAUCAGGUUCUAGUUCCAGCUGUUAGUAUUUCACCACUCAAAAAUGGAAUAGUGAAUACUAUGGAUCCAACAAAUGCUCCUACUAGACAAAGGAAACACAGUAAUACUCCAAGUUCAAUUAAAGAACUGCCAACAGACAGUGCACUUCAACAUCAUAGUAUGCAUGAAGAAACUGCUUGUGUAAAAAAUCAGUCUGUCCUUCAAGUAAGUGAACAUUUAUUUAAGCAACCAGUGGACCUUAAUAAAAACAUGAAACAGACAUGCACAUCAGGUUGUAAAGCAAGAGGACUGUCCUUCAAUAGUAAAACCUUUGCCAGGAUGUUCCAAAGUUGUCCAUACCAGUGUGACCAUCACAAAGUCAUUCUGGAAGCUGAAGAAAGAUAUAAAAAGGAGCUUCGCAAACUGUCUGUUUGUAGUGACAGUAGAUAUGCAGCUCAUGAGACAAUACUGCUGACCCCAGUUAGGAAAGAAAGACUACAUACAGAUACAUCAACUUUUAGGAGCAAAAAGGAUAGUUUACAAAGUAUUCUUUUGACUCCAAUUAGGAAAAAUAAAUCCAAUACUUGGAAUAGAGAUGAACACAGUAAAAAACCCACUAGGUUGACUGAUGACUAUAACUUGAUACCUACAUAUGAAAAGUCUUUCAAAAAACCCCAAGAUGCCAUCCUGAAGAGACAAAGAGACAAAGAAAUGUGCAAUCAACAAUGUCAGUCCUUAAAAGAAAAUUGCACAUAUUCACUGAAAAAGGUUGAGAGCAAUAAAAUAUGUUCCCUGGGCAUGAACACAAGACCUUUAAACACAAGAAGAAGAACCCGAAAAGAUUUCACGACUGAAGAAAUCAACUGUCUUUUGAAUGGAGUAAAAGAAAUGGGUAAUCACUGGAAUUUAAUUUUGUGGUCUUACCCAUUUCAGAAAGGACGUACGAGUGUUGAUCUUUCCAAGAAAUACUACAGGUUACAGUUGCAAGUAAUCAUAGUUUAA